AUGGACUUAGAUUCUUCAAUGGCGUCAGAAGCCGAUCAGGAUCCAGUUCAGAAUAACGGGCCAACAUUGGUGAACAAGUCAUCAAACGCCGGAGAAUCGGCUCCGGUUGAGACUCCUAAUGCUACUCCGGUGGCUGGGCCGAGGUGUGCUCCGACUUAUACGGUGGUGCAGUCUGUUAUAGAGAAGAAGGAAGAUGGUCCCGGCCCUAGGUGUGGACAUACACUAACAGCGGUUCCAGCUGUUGGAGAGGAGGGAAGUCCGAAUUAUAUUGGUCCUAGGUUGAUUCUCUUUGGUGGUGCUACUGCGCUUGAGGGGAAUUCUGCUGCUGCAGCAGCUCCUUCUUCUCCUGGAGGUGCUGGAAUUCGCUUAGCAGGAGCUACUGCAGAUGUGCACUCUUAUGAUGUUCUGACAAAUAAAUGGUCUAGGAUCACACCAAUUGGAGAGCCACCGACGCCGAGGGCUGCUCAUGUUGCUACAGCUGUUGGAACUAUGGUUGUCAUUCAGGGUGGAAUUGGUCCAGCUGGUUUGUCAGCUGAGGAUCUUCACGUUCUGGACCUUACACAACAACAUCGACCAAGAUGGCACAGGGUUGUGGUCCAAGGACCUGGUCCAGGGCCUCGUUAUGGACAUGUCAUGGCUUUGGUAGGGCAAAGAUAUCUUAUGGCAAUUGGUGGAAAUGAUGGAAAACGACCUCUAGCAGAUGUUUGGGCUUUGGACACUGCUGCAAAACCAUAUGAAUGGCGAAAAUUGGAACCAGAGGGUGAAGGCCCUCCUCCUUGCAUGUACGCAACUGCAAGUGCACGCUCUGAUGGUCUUCUUCUGCUUUGUGGAGGGCGGGAUGCCAAUAGUGUGCCACUUGCAAGUGCAUAUGGACUGGCCAAACAUAGAGAUGGGCGGUGGGAAUGGGCCAUUGCUCCUGGUGUGUCACCAUCUCCUAGAUAUCAGCAUGCCGCAGUAUUUGUAAAUGCUCGGCUCCAUGUUUCUGGAGGGGCUCUUGGUGGUGGACGCAUGGUAGAAGACUCUUCCAGUAUAGCCGUUCUUGAUACUGCUGCAGGAGUGUGGUGUGACAUAAAAUCUGUUGUCACCAGUCCUAGGACAGGUAGAUACAGUGCAGAUGCGGCUGGGGGAGAUGCCGCAGUUGAAUUGACCAGGCGUUGUCGGCAUGCGGCUGCUGCUGUUGGUGACUUGGUAUAUAUGUAUGGUGGUUUACGUGGAGGGGUACUGCUAGAUGACUUGCUUGUCGCGGAAGACUUGGCUGCUGCUGAAACAACUAGUGCAGCUUCACAUGCAGCCGCUGCAGCUGCAGCAUCUAAUGUUCAAGAUGGAAGGAUUACCGGAAGGUAUGGAUUUGGUGAUGAAAGAACAAGGCAAACCAUUCCAGAGGAAGUUAAUGAUGGUUCUGUUAUAUUGGGAAGUCCUGUUGCCCCUCCUGUAAAUGGUGAUAUGUUUACUGAUAUAAGCACUGAAAAUGCCAUGCUACAAGGAUGUCGGAAACUUGGCAAAGGUGUUGAAUACCUUGUGGAGGCCUCUGCAGCAGAAGCAGAGGCCAUUACUGCUGCACUAGCAGCUGCCAAAGCUCGACAACAAGGUAAUGGUGAAGUUGAACUUCCAGAUAGGGAUCGGGGAGCUGAGGCAACACCUAGUGGUGAAGAGGAACCUGCCUUGAUCAAACCUGAUUCAAAUAAUUCUACCCCAACUGGAGUUAGGCUGCAUCACCGUGCUGUGGUUGUAGCUGCAGAGACUGGGGGUGCCCUAGGUGGCAUGGUGCGACAACUUUCAAUUGAUCAAUUUGAAAAUGAAGGCAGGCGAGUAAGUUAUGGAACCCCAGAAAAUGCAACAGCAGCGAGAAAACUUUUGGAUAGGCAAAUGUCCGUUAACAGUGUUCCCAAAAAGGUGAUUGCCCAUCUUCUGAAACCUCGAGGUUGGAAGCCGCCUGUCAGACGGCAAUUUUUCUUGGAUUGCAAUGAAAUAGCUGAUCUUUGUGAUAGUGCAGAGAGAAUAUUUUCCAGUGAACCUAGUGUUUUACAGCUAAGAGCUCCUAUUAAGAUAUUUGGUGACUUGCAUGGGCAAUUUGGGGAUCUGAUGCGUCUUUUUGAUGAGUAUGGUUCCCCAUCAACUGCUGGAGACAUAGCGUAUAUCGAUUAUCUCUUCUUAGGAGAUUAUGUUGAUAGGGGCCAGCACAGCUUGGAGACCAUGACUCUUCUCCUUGCUUUAAAGGUUGAGCAUCCCCACAACGUUCAUUUAAUUCGAGGGAAUCAUGAAGCGGCAGAUAUAAAUGCACUUUUCGGCUUUCGAAUUGAGUGCAUUGAACGCAUGGGUGAGAGAGAUGGAAUCUGGGCUUGGCAUCGGAUUAACAGGUUGUUCAAUUGGCUUCCUCUCGCAGCAUUAAUUGAGAAAAAAAUAAUCUGUAUGCACGGUGGCAUUGGAAGGUCGAUCAAUCAUGUAGAACAGAUAGAGAAUAUCCAGCGUCCUAUCACCAUGGAAGCAGGGUCGAUUAUUCUGAUGGAUUUGUUGUGGUCUGAUCCAACGGAAAAUGAUAGCGUUGAAGGGUUAAGACCAAAUGCAAGAGGUCCAGGGCUGGUUACUUUUGGGCCUGAUCGUGUGAUGGAAUUUUGCAACAACAAUGAUCUUCAACUGAUAGUGCGAGCGCACGAAUGUGUGAUGGAUGGCUUUGAACGAUUUGCUCAGGGACAUUUAAUUACACUAUUUUCAGCCACCAAUUAUUGUGGUACUGCUAAUAAUGCUGGCGCAAUCUUGGUAUUGGGUAGAGAUCUUGUAGUUGUUCCAAAACUUAUUCACCCAUUGCCACCAGCACUUUCAUCACCCGAAAAUUCACCUGAGCGUAUGGAAGACACUUGGAUGCAGGAGCUAAAUGCUAACAGACCACCUACGCCAACUAGAGGUCGUCCUCAAACUGCCAAUGAUCGAGGUUCUCUUGCUUGGAUUUAG